AUGGGGCAGAGCCUUCACAGCUGCCCCUCAGGGGCUCCAUGUCACGGAAGGCAGGGGGAGCAUUGUUUGCCGUACAGCAAAGCUGACCAGGAUGAGCUGCCACUGGGUGCUGUGCCAGGAGGCUUCUCCAACCACCCUACUCUGUACCCCAUUGUGACUCUGGCCAGGGCCUUAGACCCUCCACCCAGUCCAGUCCUCGCAGUGGGCCUCCCAGGCCUGUCCUGCUGUGCCAAUGCUGAGGCCGACUUUGGGCUACUGGUCCAGGCCCUGCCCGGUCCUCUUGCCCGCUCCAGCUCCCCUGAGUUCAAAGCCAGCCCACACCUUCCCAUGCACUGGACACCCUCCCCGGCACUGGUGCAGGAGGCUGAGACUGCUCUACAUCUGGCCUCUGCCAAUGGGAAUUCAGAAGUAGUAAAACUCCUGCUGGACAGACAAUGUCAACUUAAUGUCCUUGACAACAAAAACAGGACAGCUCUGACAAAGGCCAUACAAUGCCAAGAAGAUGAAUGUGCGUUAAUGUUGCUAGAACAUGGCACUGAUCCAAAUAUUCCAGAUGAGUUUGGAAAUACCGCUCUACACUAUGCUGUCUACAAUGAAGAUAAAUUAAUGGCCAAAGCACUGCUUUUACAUGGUGCUGCUAUUGAAUCAAAAAACAAGCAUGGCCUCACACCACUGUUACUUGGUGUACAUGAACAAAAACAGCAAGUGGUGAAAUUUUUAAUCAAGAAAAAAGCUAAUUUAAAUGCACUUGAUAGAUAUGGAAGAACUGCUCUCAUACUUGCUGUACGUUGUGGAUCAGCAAGUAUAGUCAGCCUUCUACUUGAGCAAAAUAUUGAUGUAUCUUCUCAAGAUCUAUCUGGACAGACGACGAGAGAGUAUGCUGUUUCUAGUCAUCAUAAUGUAAUUUGCCAAUUAUUUUCUGACUACAAAGAAAAACGAAUGCUAAAAAUCUCUUCUGAAAACAGCAAUCCAGCCCUUUUCCCUGUGUGCCCUUUCUCUGGCAUGACUGAGCUGCUGUCACAAAGGCUUAAAGGCAGUGAAAAUAGCCAGCCAGAGAAAAUGUCUGAAGAACCAGAAAUAAAUAAGGAUUGUGAUAGAGAGCUGGAAAAUUGUAUGGCUAUUGAAUAAGUGAAGAAGCACGGAAGUAAUCAUGUGGGAUUACCAGAAAACCUGGCUGAUGGUGCUGCUGCUGGCAAUGGUGAUGAUGGAUUAAUUCCACAAAGCAAGAGCAGAACACCUGGAAGUCAGCAAUUUCCUGACACUGAGAAUGAAGAGUGUCACAGUGAUGAACAAAAUGAUACUCGGAAGCAAAUUUCUGAAGAACAGAGCACUGGAAUAUCACAAGAUGAGAUUCUGACUAAUAAACAAAAGCAGAUAGAAGUGGCUCAAAAGAAAAUGAAUUCUGAGCUUUCUCCUUGUCCUAAGAAAGAAAAAGAUCUCUUGCAUGAAAAUAGUACGUUGCAGGAAGAAAUUGCCAUGCUAAGACUGGAGCUAGACACGAUGAAACAUCAGAGCCAGCUAAGAGAAGAGAAAUAUUUGGAGGAAAUUGAAAGUGAGAAAAAAGAGAAUGAUGAUCUUCUAAAGGCUAUGCAGUUGAAUGAGCUCACCAUGGAUGAUGAUACCGCCGUGCUCGUCAUUGACAACGGUUCCGGCAUGUGCAAGGCUGGAUUUGCAGGCGACGAUGCCCCCCGGGCUGUCUUCCCUUCCAUCGUGGGGCGCCCCAGGCACCAGGGCAUAAUGGGGGGCAUGGGUCAGAAGGAGUCCUAUGUGGGCAACGAAGCCCAGAGCAAGAGAGGCAUCCUGACCCUGAAGUACCCCAUGGAAGGAGUAAAGUGUAGCCAUGGCCUGGAGGAUGGAUGA